AUGGCCAACUCCGUACGAAAGAUUUGCACGAAAAUCGGAAACGGUCAUCAGUACUUGUUGGGCACGGCCAAGACGUCGGCCUACGGUGGUCACGUAGUGUCGGACACAGUUCAGCAGCACUCGGCCAGACCUCAGGUCGAGAUGACAAUGUGCAAGAUCAAUGCCGACAAUUUGUUCCCUCAGUCACGACCGUUGCUCAACUAUAUUGUACGACCUGUCAAAAACAAACAGUCUGCAGAUGCGGCUGUCGAAUGGUUUAACAGACACACGAAUCCCAAAAACGAUGUCUGUAACAGCACUGAGCUUAAACCAGAUAAUUCUACAAAGUCUAACGAAAAUAUCAACACAUCAGGUUCUAAUGGACUACCAAAUUUAGAACAACUCGAUCAUGUGUAUAAUAGGUUGGGAGAAGAUUUACCAUUAAUGUUUAAACAAAAUUUGGACUAUUCACUAUACCAUCCCAAAUUGGUAUUUGAGAAUAACAUUAGAGGAACGAAGAGUGUAGGCUUAGAAUACUUCAUGACAACAAUUUCUUUGCUACGUUUAAUGGGCCAUAUAAAGUAUGCUUUUGUAAAAUUUGAUAUAUUAAAAAUAACCAAACAUCCAGAAGACGGAACAAUUAAAGUACGAUGGAGAAUCAAAGGUAUAUCAGGAAUGAAAGUGUUCAUGAAGUUUUGGAAAUUCAGACUUUGGAAUUUGGAACAAGUCAUUAAAGAAAAUGUUGAAUCGUGGCAUGAUGGUUUUUCAGUAUUCUAUUUAGGAUCUGAUGGUCAGGUUCAUAAGCUUACUGCAGAUAAAAUGCAACCAGAUAACGAACUACUAAUAGAGGAUAAAAAUCCACUGGCUACCAAAUUGGCUCUAUUUUUAGGGCUAUCACCGCAGUUGGGUAAUUUGGAUUGUUUGAUUUCAUUUGACUCUGAACCAGCAAAUGAAUUACUUAAGAUGGUUAUUAUGUCCCUAGAAGAUGUCAUUUAA